AUGGCGAGAAACUGGCCUCACAACCACGACAUGGACCCGUACUUCCACAACUGUCACUCAUACACGGGCGCUGCGCUAGCAGGCCUUCCUGCGAUAGCAGGGAGCAAGGCGGGAGAGCUCGAGAUGUCCCACAAUACGAAAGCGGUGUUGAAAAGCCCGACCCGAACUGCGGAUCUCUGGAACUGGAUAGAGGAGAACGGACGGUCGAUAAUGGCUUCGAAGGACUACCAAGAUGCCGCCAACUAUUUCACCGGGCAAGUUGCUAAGCCAAAGGGCUGGAAGGGCCGCUACAAGGUGUACAGAAUCAAGCCGAAGACGAAGUGA